UUGGUCGUUCCUUGACUUGUCUUUUCCUUGACUUGUUGUUCCUGACUUUUCUUUCCUUGGUCUAUUCCUUGAGUUAGCCCGCCACUGUUUUUUACAAGAAAUUCUUUUAAUAAUUCUAUGCUUUAAUUUUCUUAUUACGGUUGUAUUUUUAUUGUUUCUAAUUAUUUUAUAGAAUAUUUUAAAAUAUAAAAUUAUCUAUGGAUAACUUAAAUAACAUCCCGUGUACGAACUGCCAUGGCUUAGGCCACACCGUUAAUGAAUGCAUCUGGCCUAAAAAUUGUUGGAAGAAACCGGCUUAUGGGAUCAACGCAGCGGCCUUGCCGCCCAAAACUUCGACUUUGUCGAACACUAAAGAGUUUUUUGGAAGUGUUACGCCAUUUGCGGAGAAUAACAACAACACGGUGCGCAAACGGACUGAAAAAACUUUAUUCAAAAUAGCAACAUGCGAGGUUGUGAAUAUUGAGGAGAUGAAUAUUCAAGUGAAACCUCGUAAUUUUUUCAUUUAA